AUGGUAGAAUAUAUGUGUCAUGUUUACGUAAGAGGUGACAGUUUAGCUGAUGUUUUAAUUACGGAUCAUGAAUAUCCGAACAGGGUGUCACACACACUUAUUACCAAAGUAUUAGAUGAAUCUGCAACAAAGUAUCCUUCAAAUUCAUCGUCAAAAUUAAAUGAAUCGACCUGUGAUUUUUCACAAGCUAACGUUUAUCUUGCUAAGUAUCAAAAUGUUCGAGAGGCUGACUUAUUGACUAAAAUACAAAAUGAUGUAGAUGAAAUGAUACUUCAUAACACUUCGAAAGUAGUAUUACAAAGGGGUGAAAAAUUUGAUUAUUCAGUAAAAAUAUCAGAGAGUCUGAGCAUGCAGUCUAAAGCAUUUUAUAAAACUGCACGUAACUGAUUCACACUGCAGUUUGAUAGCUUAA